AUGGAACGACCUGGGCCAGGGGAUAACGGUCCGAAAGAUGUUUCAUUGACAGACUGCAGCAUCUAUGGUAUUAUUGAUAUUGUCGCAGCUGAUGAGGGCAGUUCAGAUAUAGCACUCUUUCGGUGCCCAACUGCCAUGCCACCAGAAGGAAGCACGAGGGCUGGGAUACUACCCAAACCUAGAAAGGGGAAAUCAAUAGGCAGAGGUCCGAUUCGAACCACGAACCUUCCGGAGAGGUGCAACACUGUCAAGAAAGGAGCUUACCAGCUUCUUUCCAUUCUUCAUGACCACUGUCAGAUCUAUUACAGGCGGGUGUUUCUUGCGCCAUAG